AUGACGGCUCUAAAUACAGCUCUGCCUAUUCUCCUGGCUGGGUGCACCACUCAUGGUCUGAGCAAGGUGUAUCUAUUAUCUCUAUCAUAUGCCGAUACCGGUGCCGCCACAACACAAAACAACAAUCAUGUCAGUCCAAACACGAUAGACGCCUUCAUGAAUCUUACAGAGAACGUUUCUGGACUAGAGGUACGGGCUUCAUACUUUGGGUUCUGCUUGACGUUCAACUCGAGUGCUUCGACUUGCUCCAACUCUAUCGACAACUUAGCGAGUACGGUGCAGCAAAGGGCAGAUGGUCAGGACCCGCUAAACCUGUUAUGGACGGCGAAGCAGUUCCGCGAUGCAACGAUCUUCAGCGGACUGAUGUAA